CUAAUCAACUAAAUAGUUUGAAUAAUAAGCUUGUCUCCCAAAUUACUUGCGAACGAAAGUCUCAUGCCACUCUUAAUGCCAAGCAGUUAAAAGAAAUAGAAUCGCUAAGGUCUAUGGAAUUGGAAAAUGAAUUGGAGAAAGUUACGCAAAAUUCAUCAUUUAAGAAUGGGUUAAUUUUCUGUCUCAGGUCUAGGGUAAGAAAUCUGGAAGAUGAACUAGAUCAGAUCAUUUCGCAAUCGCAUCAGUCAAUUAAUGAUUCAAAAAUAGGUAGUGCAGAAGCAGAUACAGUUUCAUCAUCCAAUGAUUAUGCUUUAGCACCUUUGGCUAAGCGAGGUGAAGCAGUAGAAGAGAGUGAUAAAAGCAAAGUAAAAGAUGAGAUAGAGCCCCAAAGAGACCAUCUUCAUGUUGAUCAAAAAUCAAAAGAAAAACAUGAUA